UUGUACAAUUUCCUUUGAUCACUAUGGUCAAGAGGAGGGGCAGAACAUUUUGUGUUAUAGUACCAUUGAGAGACAGUUUACUUCUGCCUUCCAUCCUACAGAUCUUUGUGCACCCAAGGCUCUGGGAUUGAAAGGUCAAGUUCUGCCACAUCUUUGGGUGAAUGUGAAUCAUCACUGCAUGGCACAGAUACAGAGAUGAGUGAUCAGGAAGUGAUUUAUUCAACUGUGAAAGUACAGCAGCCUCCAUCAGGAUCACAGAAUCACAGGCUAAGUCCUGGUGGUACUCAGAGGACUGGGAAAACGCAUGACAAAGGGUGUUCAGUGUCCAGGGAUCUUACAAUGGUAAUUCUCGGGAUCCUUUGUUUACUUCUGUUGAUCACAGUCUUGGUUCUGGGGACCAAGGUUUUUCAGUAUAGUCAAGAAAUACAUCAAUGGGAAGAACGUCUACAAAAUCAUGACAUUAUGAAAAAUGACUGCUACUUAAAGGAACAACAUUUGAUAAAUAAGACUUUAGAGUAUGACAUUCUGAAAAAUGAAACCCUUCAGAAGGAAGAGAAAUUACACUUAUGCUUUACAGAAAAUAAGCUAUGUCCUAACAAAAUGAAUCUUCCAAAGUGUUCACAGAAUACAGGCAUACUCGGGAAUGGGUACUGGUCAUGUCUUGGAGUCAGCUGCUACUACUUUAUCACUGAAAGUCAAGACUGGUACCGUUGUAAACAGACUUGUGAAAAUUAUGGAUCAUCCCUUUUGAAGAUAGAUGAUGAUGAUGAGCUGACCUUUAUUCGAUCACAGAUAUGCCCAUAUAACUACUGGAUUGGAUUAUCAUAUAAUAACUGGUACGAAAAAUGGGAAUGGAUUGACAGUGACGCAUCCCGAUGUAAUAUUGCAAUCAAUUUCCCUCCUGGAAGAGGAAAAUGUGCAUUUUUAACUUCAACAAGAAUGGAUACUAGUGAGUGCAAUAGUAAAUACCAUUGUACCUGUGAGAUGAACGUGAUUUCUUGGCUUCAAGACAGACACAGGAGAAAAAAAAACAGAUGAGUUGGCAGAGGAAGAAAAUGCUCCAUGGAACUGUGAUUGAAGAGAUGUUAACUGUCUUUCUUGGAGAAGAGGAAGAUUUUGUCUCUGGAAGCAGUUACCCAUCUCUUUCCCUGAACCACCCCAACACUGUAACACUGACCUAUAGCUUAGGUCUUUUCCUUAUCAAUAUCAUAAAUUAUGUUAAUAUCUUUUGGUAUUUAGGGCUAAAAAACAGUUAUCUUUCCCUCCUCCCAUCUAGUGUUUAUCUCUCAUUGUAAAAUAAUUAUUUUGCAGAGUACUAAACUUACUGAAUAGUUGAUACAACAGUAGAAAGAACAUUCUAGACUUGCAGUUCAUUUAUAUUUUGCUCCCUUUCUGCUUUAUACUAUUCUUCAUGCUGAUCCUUUCAGGAAUAAAUUGGGACCAUUAUGUCCCUUAGUGUAAAUAAUUUACAAGAAAUAGGACUUGGUCUUGCUUAAACAGUAUAGUGGUCAAAAUCAUGACAUAAAGUCAUCUGGAACUAAUGUCACUUAUAGUCUAUAUUAAAAUUUUGUCAGUUGUCACAAUGAUGUCAUUUAUCAAUGGCUUCUCCACUUUCAGGAUCAUGCACGACAUUUAGUUGUGACAUCUGUUUAGUCUCCUUUAAUUUGGGGUAGUUCUUCAGGUUUUCGGUUCUUUGACCAUGACAUUUUAAAAUUUGCCUUUAUUGAGUGACACUUUACAUGCAGUGAAAUGCACCUUUUUAAAGUCAUGAGCUCAAUUUGGUUUUAACAGACGUAUUCACCUCUUAAACACCAUCACAUCAAGACAUAGGAUAUUUCCAAAACUCCUUUCCGUCCUUUUCUACCCACCUGGACUCAGACAGCCAGUGAUACUCUUUCUGUCCCAGCGAGUGAGUUUUGCCUACUCCGGGGGUUUAUAUAUUCUGUAUGUUUGUUUCAGCUUCAUUUUGCUCAGCAUAGUUCUGAAAUUAACUCAUAUAUCACUAAUUCAUUCUUUUUGUUAUUGAGUAAUAUCAUUGCUCAGGUAUAUGAUGAUUUGCUUGCCCACUCACCUGUGGAUAUUCGAUGUGUUUCCAGUUUUUGACUGUUAUAGUAAACACUGGUGUACCCAUUAUCUGUGUGGAUAUGUUUUCAUUUCUUUUUUAAAAAGGUAGGAAUUUGAUUGCUGGGACCUAUGGUAAGUGUCUGUUUAACUUUAUAAGAAACUUGAGAUGUCUUCCAAUGUGGGUGCAUCAUUUACUUUCCCAGGAAGAGCAUAUGAGAGUUUGAUGCUGCACUUUUCUGUCAGUACUUGCUUUUGCCAGUCUUAAUUUUAGCCAUUUUAGAGACUGUGUUGUGGUAUCUCAUCUUUUAAAA